CGGGGCGGUCGUUUAGCCGGGGAAGCGCGCCGGCCCGGGCGGUGGCGAGGGCUCCGCGAUGCCGCUGCUGUUCCUGGAGCGCUUCCCCUGGCCCAGCCUCCGCACCUACACGGCGCUCAGCGCCCUGGCGCUGCUGGGCGCCGGCCUCAGCGCCUACCGCGCCCUCAGCCAGACGCCCGGCGGGGCGGCGGGCAGCGAGCCGGCCGAGCCUCAGCGCUGCUCCGGCCCACGGGCCCUGGACGUCGCCUACUACCUGCUCUCCGACAGUCUCUGCGUCUGGGUACUAGUGAACACUGCCUGCUGUUUUCUGAUGCUGGUUGCAAAGCUAAUCCAGUGUAUGGUGUUUGGUCCUCUUCGUGUCAGCGAAAGGCAGCAUCUCAAGGAUAAAUUCUGGAAUUUCAUUUUCUACAAGUUUAUCUUCAUUUUUGGUGUGCUGAAUGUUCAGACAGUGGAAGAAGUAGUGAUGUGGUGCCUCUGGUUCUCUGGACUUGUGUUUCUCCAUCUGAUGGUUCAGCUCUGCAAAGAUCGCUUUGAAUAUCUUUCCUUUUCUCCUACCACACCCAUGAGCAGCCACAUCAGAGUGCUGGCCCUGCUCAUAGCCAUGCUCCUGUCCUGCUGUGGAUUAGCAGUUGUCUGUGGAGUUGUUGGCUACACCCAUGGCAUGCACACAUUGGCUUUCAUGGCAGCAGAGUCUCUGCUGGUGACAGUCAGAACUGCUCAUGUGAUUUUACGAUAUGUAGUUCAUCUGUGGGAUCUCAACCAUGAAGGAACAUGGGAGGGCAAAGGCACUUAUGUCUAUUACACAGAUUUUGUCAUGGAGCUAACCUUGCUUUCCCUGGACUUGAUGCAUCAUAUUCAUAUGCUGUUGUUUGGCAAUAUCUGGUUGUCGAUGGCAAGCCUGGUGAUUUUCAUGCAGCUGCGCUACCUGUUCCACGAGGUGCAGCGGCGAAUUCGGCGGCACAAAAACUACCUGCGUGUGGUUGGAAACAUGGAAGCCAGGUUUGCAGUUGCAACACCAGAGGAGCUAGCAGUGAACAAUGAUGACUGUGCCAUUUGCUGGGACUCCAUGCAAUCAGCACGCAAACUCCCUUGUGGCCACCUCUUCCACAACUCAUGCCUGCGGUCCUGGCUGGAGCAAGACACAUCUUGCCCCACCUGCAGAAUGUCUCUUAAUAUCACUGACAGCCAUCAGGUGAGGGAGGAUCACCAAAGGGAGAAUGAGAACCUGGUCCCCGUGGCAGCAGCAGAAGGCAGACCACGCCUGAACCAGCACAAUCACUUCUUCCACUUUGAUGGUGAGCUGAGCACAUGUAGAAGUACAUGGCCUGCUGAGAUUCUCGUGCUCUUUCUUGACUAUCUUGGUGAUUUCUUACUCCCAGGCUCCCGAAUUGCCAGCUGGCUGCCCAGUUUUUCUGUGGAAGUUAUGCAUACCACCAACAUCCUUGGAAUUGCACAAGCCAGCAACUCCCAGCUCAAUGUUAUGGCCCAUCAGAUUCAGGAGAUGUUCCCUCAGGUUCCUUAUCAUUUAGUUCUGCAGGAUCUGCAGCUAACUCGUUCUGUAGAGAUCACCACUGACAACAUCCUAGAAGGGCGCAUCCAGGUGCCUUUCCCCACACAGCGUGCAGAUAGCAUUAGACCUGCAUUGAACAACUCUGUGGAAAGGCACAGUACUGAUCAGGAGGAUACUGGAACUGUCACACAGACUGAGAGAGUGCCACUUGAACUGAACUCCAGACUGGAAGAAAUGGUGGAAUUCAAUGAAAUGGAAGCAGAACCUAAUGAAGCAGAAGAUUUUGAGGCCAGGGGAAGUCGCUUUUCCAAGUCAGCCGAUGAAAGGCAGCGUAUGUUGGUUCAGCGGAAGGAGGACUUGUUGCAACAAGCUCGAAAGCGUUACUUAAACAAAACCUCCGAUGAGGAGCUGAGCACAGAGAAGCCUUUUCCCGAGGGAGCGGCGGCCGACGCCGUCACCCUGCGCCGCAGGACCCUCGCUGCCGCUGCCGAACGGAGACUUCAGAUGCAGCAAAACUCCUAGCGCUCGCUGCCCCUCCUUCCUCCUCCUCGUGAGCAACGUUGAAUAAAUAAAUUAAAUACAAAAAAACCCCUGCGCUUUCUAUACCAGCGGGAAAGUGUCUCUUCAGAGUUCAGCUGGCUGUGCUGCCGAGUGAGCUGGCUGCCUCUCUGCUGUAUAAAGCAUGUGGUCUAAUAAUGUUUGGACAGCUGACAAAUUAACCUUUUUUGUAAUAUUUUCUAUGUGACAUUGAUCCUCUCCACAACAAACGGCAAUUUCUAAACCACGGGCAUGAUUUCUGCAGCUGGCAUGAGCUAUGGGGCUGACUGCACAGCAGAGGCUGGGGAAGUGUGUUCUGAGGUAGCUAUGGGUGCAGGUCACGGAGUGCACGGGCAUGUUCUGCUCCAGAUAGAGGCAGCUGCUCCCAGGGAAGGAAGCUUAGAAGCUUGCAGCAAGCCCGGUGUUAGGCGAGCAGCCUCCUUAGUCCCUGUUCCUUCAGCAGCCAAGGGUGACGUGUAGGGCAGCUUGAAGGGCUGGGGGAGCAUUGCUGGGAGGUUCUUACACUGGAUGAAGUUGUCUGGCUACACAACACAGAAAAACCUGAAUUAAUGAAUUGUGCAGCAAAGCGCCAAUUCACACCGAUUCCCACAUAAAAUACUUCCCACUGUUGCUGGGCUCUUCUGCCCUGGCAGAGGCUUGGCUCUGUCCAUCCCCAGGGCUACACUUUUCCUUUGUCUUUUAUGUCCAGGAACAAGUGAGGGACAGAGAAGGGGUUUCCAUCGAAGAAGAGGUACCCCAGGUAAGGUUACAGUGUUGCCCUGAGCUGAGGGAGUCAAAAGUAAAACCUGUUUGUCCUGGACUCCAGCGCAACAUGGACAGGACGGCAUGGAGAUCGCUCCAGUAUCUUGAUUUUUAUUUCGUUUUUAACCCCACAGUCCCACCCUGAGUUUAUUCAGAGAGACUGGAGGAAUGGGGCAGCUGGACCUGUGCUGGCUGCAGCCCAACCUGCUAACCUGGAUUUUCUUAAGAACUUUUGCGAUCCCCUUGGUGCUGCUGCCGCUAGCUUACAUAGUUGAAUUUUACAUGGCAGUGACUUAAUUUUUAAAAUUCUGAAGAGUGAGUUCUAGUUUCACCGUCCUUUAGAAGGAGCCCAGUAUUAUCUAGAAUUGUUGGUAAUUUUUUUACCGUUGUUUUUUAGGUGGAGGUGAAUUUAAUGAGAGGAAUUGCAUCGAUGUUUAGGUGAAAAUUAUUUCAAUAAAACUCUUUGGGAAGCCUUA